AUGACUCUUCAUCCCAAAAUCCAAUCCAAAACCUCUCUCAGCACCAUCAACCCUCCAACUCUAGAGCUCACCACAGAUUCUGUGAUCCUCUACUGUCCAAAAUCCCGAAGGGGUAAAAACCACUCUGGCACCAUUUAUCUCUCCCGAUCAGACAAGCAUCAAUAUCACCUAUCAUGUAUCGCCAACGAUAUCUCCAAAGCCAUGUCCUCGGCAUAUAAUAGGCUGAAGAUGGAAAGAUCAUGGUUUAGUGGGAUCAAAUCGCAGGAUAUCGAUGAGGGAUGUCAAAAAGACCUGGAGACCAUUUUCCAAAAUUCAUUACAUCAAGAUUCGUAUGGUCGAUUCAAUGAAAGAGGUAUCAGUAUAUUCAAAAUACCUAAUGAACAUUAUGAUUCAUUGAUAAGAUUGAAAGAAGCUUUAAAUCACGAAGAUAGGAAAGGCAUCGUGGUGAUCCCCACUGAGACCAGCUCGGUAUAUCAUCAAGGUAGCAUGGCAAAGUAUGGAAUAGCUAGUUACAACACGAUUACUCGUGAGAAAGACAGGAUCUCGAUGUUGAGAAGAUUAAGUGAAUAUUCGAAAUUCCUAGCAGAAUCUACUAACCUCGACGAUACGACUAGAAGCAAAGAGCGAUCUAAGGGAUUUGAGGAUUGUGGGUAUGUGUAUCUCGAUGAUAGCGAGAUUAAGAUGUUUAGUGGUAUCAUGGAGGAGUUGCCUUCUUAUGAAUAG